CAUCUUUGACAAACUAAAGGGCUACAGCCAACAACUUUGUCAGCGAACUAGAUGUUUCCACUGUGUGUCGCUCUUGGAUUUCCAUUUAGCUGCCAUCUCUUAAAUCUGGCUGAGAGAGACCAUUAAUCUGUUGCUGAAGCUGCAGUCACAUCAUGGACAUUUGUCAGGUUCUGCUUCAAGUUUAGUUAAAGGACAUAAGAUAAGAUAAAACAUUAACCACUGAACUAAAAUAAAUCUAAUUAAACAUUUCUUUCAUUAAAAAACUGUAAAUACCGGCAUGCCUAAUGACGAGAUGACUUAGGAUUCUAUGGUUGCUAUGGGUUGCAUAUUUAUAUCGAAUGGCCUCGUCUUCGUCACCAUUUCACUCGUGAACUUGGAGAGAGACAGUCGCUCUGACAGGCUCAGUACUGGAAAGAGACAACUUGCUAGCUAGUGGCUACACAAACCACCAACCGCCAGCAGAACCUCAAAGGACCAGCAACUGACCUCAGUUCAGUUGUUUUACGACUUCGACAUGGAAAAGGACAAAAACAAGAGGAAGCGGGAGCAGGAGAGCAGCCCCGGAGCCCUCGAGGAGCCUGCAGACAAAAGAUCCUGCAACAACGAGAGGAGCUCCAGCCCCCAGCCGUCCACCUCUGGCUCACAGGUGAUCCCUGUCCAGCCAGAGAGGAGCUCCAACCCCCAGCCAUCCACCUCUGGCUCACAGGUGAUCCCUGUCCAGCCAGAGAGGAGCUCCAGCCCCCAGCCAUCCACCUCUGGCUCACAGGUGAUCCCUGUCCAGCCAGAGAGGAGCUCCAGCCGCCAGCCGUCCACCUCUGGCUCACAGCGUGGAGGACUACAGGCCCUUGUCCAGCAGCGGGCUCGGGAAAGGAGGAGGAGGAGUAGACGGAGGGAGCUGCAGGCGAGAUGCCGCAGAUUACGUGAGGGGUACUUUGACGUUGAAGUCGUGUUCAGCGGACCCAGGCCCUCCGUGCGCAUGCCUCCUUGGGUUCCACCUGCUACAGUUCAGGAAGUAAUGGCGGAAGUGUUGGCAUGGUGGAACGAUUCUCCACUCAGCCCGGAGAUACUACAUCCUCUGCUCCAACUGCCCCAUCAACCAUACUUUGGCCACAGCAGCGUCCCUCCAAGGCCAGUCUCAGUAAAAGAAAGGUGGAUUCAAAUACUUGUAGUAAGUGUGGGCAGUUCAGAAAAGCGUCCACAGGGCACAGACAGUACAAGGGCACAACACACUAUCCUAAUUCUGAAACUUUGCUUCUGUCACUGAAUCAUUAGGAUGAGUCCAGCACAGGAAAUGGAACAGUUUAAACAGAACUCAGUCAAAGGAUCCCUCCCAAGAAACUUUUGUAUUUGUUUUAUUGUGGUUGUAUUUCAGAGCUUCUGUAUUGCUCAGUCAUCUGUUUUGGACCAGCAGCAGUAACAGCAGUACAGUUAGUCGUAUCAGUGUCAGCAGCCUCAGCAGCAGUAUAGUUACCAUGGUAGCAGUGUUAGCAGUGGCAUUAACAGUACAGUAGAAGUAAUAGUUACAGUAGUAAUGUAGCUAAAGUUGUAGCAACAGGUGCAAGUGUUGGGGAAGCUACUCUUUAAAUGUAGUUAAACAAAUAAAUAAUGUAAUUCACAAUUCAUUGUUUUGCCUUUUAAU